CCAGCAAUGUUCCCUUAGUAUAUAAAGAGAACCCGUAGAGCACAAUGUCAUUCUGUUCCCAAGCAGACAAACAUUUGAAGUCUAUCAUCUCAAAAUGAAUACAAUCAACUAUCGUUCUAUUGCCAUUUUCAUUAUUCCAUUGCUCACGGGAGCAGUUUCGACUUACUUCAUUCGCGUUUGGGCGCGUAACCGUGCCUGGGACGAUUUUGAUAAUGUGCAAAUGUUCGAGAAAAUCGCAGAUUUCAGAAUCCUCGGCGGAACGGAUUUAGCAGAUCGGCUCAGAGCCCGAGCUAUCCCUAACCAGCGAUUAGUGACAACAUUUGACAUUCAUAGCUCGUUCACAACCAUGGAUGAAGCAGUCCACAGACAUUUCCUCGGCGAAUCUAUAAGCGUAAUCCACGAAAUGAGGCCACCAAGAUGGUUCACGUUCUCCACGGUUGCAGAUGAAGCAUUGAACCAAGUCCUGACGCAUUUCGAAUAUCCCCAACGUCCUCUACCUUUAGCUAAAAUGGCUCGGCCUUUUGCUUUCAUAACCAUGUUGUAUCCGCUCUUUGGCGUGAUGCCCGCUAACGUUAAUCUCGACGACGCUAUUCAAGUCUCUGAGGAGAUUAACUAUAUAUGGGUGGAAUCAAAGAGGGAACCAAUUCCAGACUUACGCGAGAAUAAGGAGCGCCUUCAAGAUGCUUUGAGACGCUUGUUACCGGAUAAGUACCCCUGCACUGCGGAGGAGAACCCAAUCAAUAUCAUAAUGCCCGCGUAUGAGACUAUGUGGCGAGUCGUUUUGCACACAUUCCUCGCGGCUGGGUUUCGGGAAGUAGACCAGGAGACGGAGCAACAGUUCCGCGAGGUUAUCGAGAACGUGCCGGAGUGCCUGACUUCCAACUCUCUAAACGACGCCGGGAUAAUGGCGAUUAACUUUGCAAAGGAGGGCCUACGCCUGUACCCUCCAACACAACGCAUCAACCGUGCCAUCCCACCCCAGCAACCCAACCAACAACCAACGCAAGUAUCCGCGAACAUCCAAGAAGCGCACCGGUACACCUCAAUCUGGGGCGCCGACGUACUGUCCUUCCGCCCGUCCCGGUUCGGCCCGGAAAAGCCCCCGUCGGCCUACAUGCCGUUCGGCGCGGGACGCCAUAGGUGUCCGUCGGCCAAGGAUUUCGCGUAUAAAGCUAUAAUCAUCCAAGUCGUGGCGCUGGUGCGUCGGCUUGGGAUUAGGGAUGGUGGGGCGAAGGUACGGUUUAAUGAUCCGGUUUUGGAUAAUGAUGGAAGGGCGUUGAUGCCGAUGGGACGGAUGGACAUGGAAGGGUGGACGAUGGAGGUUGGACGUGGCGAUUAGAGGGGAUUGCGUGAUUGAGUGUUUGCAUUGGUGAUAGAGGGAGUUAAGUAAGGGAGCGGAUGGGAUGGGAUGGGAUGGGAUGGGACCGGGUAUUUCACCGGUGUUGAGUUUUCGUGAUUGAUCGCUGUAUU